GCUCGCAUUGUGCAGGCAUUGCUGUUUAUUUAUAUUGUGCCUGGAAAACUCUCCCGCUGAGCCGAUGUGCCGUAAUCUUUCGUGAAACGUGAAAACUCACAAGUGUUCCUUGUCGCGCGACCAUUGUUGCGUUUUUGUUUGGGUUGACAGUUUGUCAAAAUUCUCAGUAAUUUUCGAAUCAUGCACGACUUAUUAUGAACGAAUAUCGAAAUUCAAAUCAGAAUAACGCAUUUGAAAGUGCUCAUACGUAGGGCGCCUAUUCUCUUCGUCGGUACACCUUCGUUUGGGCCAGAAUCAAAAACGAUGCCAGUUGGUAACUUGGUCUAGGCAAUUCGAUGACAAUGGUCGAAAUUAAGCGUCUCAGGUUUCAGAACUUUCCUAAAUACAACGUCGAAGGUGAUUUUGACGACGAACUAGAAGCCGAACUGGAAGAGGCUCUGGAAGUGCUGCAUCCCGACGUAGAGUUCGACGAUACUGAAAACGAACAAUACGAACAAGUAAACGAACAGUUGCUCAUUGUACAGGCCCACAACGAUUUGCAGUGGGCCCUUUCGCAAAUCAGCGACAGUCUGAAGCAGUUUGUGAUGCAGCAUCCACUCGAUACGCAGAACAUGGACGACCAGGACAUGAGACUCGUUGCCUGGCUCCUUUCGCAAGGCGAUUACGGAAGGUUGGAGGAUCUGCUCAGGACCGUCCGUCAGAAUGUCGUUGUCAACGUGAAUCUGUCCUAUUAUUUUAAAGUGAUGUUGAUCAUGCUGACCUUCAAUACUUUGAUGAUUUUCAAGCUGUUCAUCUGGGAUCAAAUCGUUUCUUGGUACGGCUGAACAAUGACUGAAUGUGCUUUCGGUGUGUUCCAGCCGAUUUUGCUUAAUGGGGGGCCUUCUUCAAUUAUUAUUACUGUGACAUUUUAUACGGUUCAAAUAUACAUGUAACUGGC